UUCGGGCACAGGCAUGGUAAUAUGAUUGCAUUAUCCAUUUCCCAUGCGCCGCUUGCCAUUCUCUAUUGAUCACUCUAAACUCUAAAGCUCAGCAACAAAGCCGAAGGCCCAGAAAUUCAAUCUGCUUCAGAAGUAGUAAGAAAACAAGAGGAGGAACUAAGAACACUGAUACGGUUCGAAGCAGAAUUUGAUGGUAAAAUGAUUAUAAAAGGUGUGUUCAGGAGAUAUGAAAGAUGGAAUCCUGUACAUCCAACAUUUGGAGCCUUCUGGGGCAUGGGAAUAGGUAUUGGUUGUGGUGUUGGAUGGGGUCCUGGUUUUGGCCCUGAGGUAGUUGGUUAUGUUGGAGCUGGCUGUGGUGUUGGAUUCAACGUGGGCAUCACUCUGGCUGGUUUUGGAAUCGGUCUACCUGCAAAUUACCUCUUUGAAGUUCCUUACAAUGCUAUCAUGGCUACAACAAGUGGUGCAUCAGAGUUAGCCCAUUCAAGUGGCCUUCUUUCCAUCAAACAUGUUGCAGGAGAUGGCUGGAAUAAUAUUGCACCUCACAUCUCUAGUUUACAAACAGAAGCCUGUAGAAGAUUGUCAAGCUUUAAGAAGAAACGUUUUUCAGACAAAGAGAUCGACUUAUUUGGAUGGAAGAGUGUGAUGCCCGUCCCUAAUAUGUCUCUGCUGGGAAGUUUAGGAAUGUUUGGCCAUCGCUUCUUUGACCAUUGGAAAGGUUUGAAAGAUGAUUAACGCCUUGCAGACCUCCAAGUCAUGUAGGUUAUAUUUUAUGAAAUUUGUUAGCAUUCUGCAACUGCCAUCGUUUUGAAUUAAGGUGUAUGUUGGAUGCAAUACUGAAACGUGCUUUUCUUUUGUUUCUUUCAGUAUAAUCUUUUUUCAGUCGUACUUUUGGAUUCUUCUCUCCAGAGGUAGAAAAGGGAUGAAAAACAUUGUUUCAUUGUCAUCCCCAAGAUACAAUUCUCAUGCUCUAGAUUUGCCUUUGACAACAUAAACUGUUCAAAAUCAUUGGAAGUUCCCUUAUUUCUUAGAAGCAAGUAGGAAAUGAGAAAUGGGAAGGAACAAGAAAUCUGUCGCAUGCUUUUUGCCUCUUGGCUUUGGGUUGCAUGAUAUCAUCAGUCAGGAGCUUGAGACAAAAGAAUAAUGAAAGUCAUGUUUACAAUCAUCUGUAUCUAUUUAGAUGAACUGAGCUUGGAUUCUUGCCGAGCAGGUAUGUCGACGGAGCCAGCAUGUCGGUAAUUCUGUUUCAAAAGAGUUUGGGGGUAGGGAUUUAAAGCCUUCAUUUAGAAGGAAUAAUACAUUGUUCGAAGUGCCAUGUCAGUGAUUUGGAACUUGAGUGAGCCAUGAACUAUCUGUGCUUUAUUAUAAUCUAAAUUAGAUUUGUUUGAGAGAUA